AUGGAGCGUGCGUCGUUCAUGGGCUCGUUUCUGGCCAGCAGUUUGGGCUCUCCCCCGUCUCACCCUGCCUCCCCUUCCUCCCCCUCCUACAGGGGAGGACCUCACUCCAGCGCCUCCCCCAUCUGGUUCCCCCACUCACAUGAAGGGUAUCCCCGGUAUUCAGGAGGUCUGAGUUCCCCCUUUCUUCCCAUGAGCCCCUUGGAUCACCAUAGCAACAGCAACGUUCUCUACGGACAGCACCGCUUCUACGACACUCAGAAAGAUCAUUUCUACUUGCGAAGCCUGCCGUCCCAGUCCCCUCUUCUCUCAACCAAUCACAGCCUUCUGCCAUUGUCUAGGACUGCCCCCGGACAUCCUCUGGGGUCCUGCAGCAGAGAAACAGACUCUGGGGGAGGAGGAGGUGGAGGGGGUCUCCAAAAGAGCUCCAAGGAACUGGGGAUGGUGGAAAAGAGUGUGUCGAAAGAGAGAUCCAGCAGCAAAGAGAGACACCAGGAGAGCAAAGAGAGACAUCAUCAUCACCACCAACAUCAGCCUCAUCCGUUCUCUCAACCCCACUCCCUCCCCACUCACAUGAGUGAGGAGGACCACCGACACAAAACCCCCAACCUGCCCACGGAAUACAGGGACGGCCCCGCAAACCAGGGCUCCAAACACAACUGUGCUCAACUUAGUAAACUAUCCAAUGGAGACUCUGUGUCCAAGGACGGGUCCCUGAACAGCUGUGGGAGUGGAGGGGGUAGCAGACCUCAGGGGAGUGGUAGUGGGGGGGUGAGGCGAUGCUCCAAUGAAGGGGGGGUGAGCGGGGAGAUGAGGAUAAGCGAAACUCUCCCCUCCUCCUCGUCAGACUGUUUGCGUCGAGCAGCCAUGAUGGGACCCCACAACCCCAAUGCCAUGGCUUCUUACUCCAUGCCCCCACCCCCUCCUCCACCCCUACACAUGGGCCCUGCUGUGGGAGGGGGCUGGCUGCACCACCCUCAUCACCCCCAUCACCCUCACCCUGAGUUCUACUGCCCCCCUGCCCCCGCCCCACUCACCCUCACCCAUCCUAAAGACGGAAGGGAGGUAAAAGUCUCUGGCCCAACGUACAUCCCCUCAGUCGGGCCUUUAGGGGACAUGGGGUCUCCUGACUGCCAUGGUGCUGGAGGAGGAGGAGGAGGAGGAGGAGGAGGAGGAGGAGAUAAGGAUGAAAAAGGGGGAGGAGGAGGAGAUAAGGAUGAAAAAGGGGCAGAGAACAGCGGAGGAGGAGGAGGAGGAGGAGGAGGAAGAAGAGGAUCUUGUGAAAGUCUUCCUUCUCCUCUUCAUCCUCAUCCUGAUCGUCCUCAGUCUAGUAGCUGCCAGAGGAAGCCGUCGUCCCAGACGCAGCAGCCACAGCCACAGCAGCAGCUGGGCUACUGCAAGGCAGACAAGCCCCCGGACUGGAACCAGAACCACAACUACAACCAACACCACAGCCAGAACACCCAGCCCAACUCCCAGCCUCAGCCCCAUAACCCUAACCACCAGUCUGGGCCUCGCUCUUGCAGCCUAGAGGCCUCUUCCACCAGGGGAAACCUGGAGGUCCUAGAGGUCUACCGGGCCUCCCUGCCUCUGGAAGCCCAGAGUGCUCACCCCAAGACUGGGCCCUACGCCAGCACCCCGCCCUUCCGGGACUGUUCACACUCAGGUCCUCCUGAUGGAAAGGGGGGGUUGGGGGGGAGUGGAGGUGCCCAGAGAGAGGGACAGAAGGUUGCUAGGAUACUGCACCAGCGGCACAGUAGUCAUGGAAGCGGGUCGGGUUCUGAUGGAUCAGGGACUGAGAGGGGGAGAGAGGGGGGGAAGCAGAAUCAGAAUCAGAAGAGUGAGGGUGUUGUCAUGGGGUACGGGGGUCAAACUCCCUCCACGCUGCACCCCUGGGGGAUACCGAGGGGUCCCCAAGAGGACGAGAGGAGGAUCUCCCCAUACACAGAGUCCUACCCAGAUAACAAGACUCAAAACCACCACGAUCAACAGCACUGUAAGACAGCUCCUCAUCCCUCUCGCCCUCACCCCUCCUCCCGCUCCUCCCCCCACCCAGAAGGAGAGAGCAGUGCCAUGAAGAACCUGAUGAACUACAGUUCCCAGCAGCCUUUGCUGCUCUCCCAGAGGAGUCUCUUCGGGGGGCUGGGCUGCCUGAAGCAGAGGGGCGAGAAGGGGGGCAGAUCCAGCACCCCUCAGGACCACCCCAAACAGCCCCUACCCCCCAGGAGAGGGUCCACCAGCGAGGGGGAGAGGAUGGAUGGAGGGGGGAGAGGUAGAAGGGAGGCGGGGGAGACACACGGGGAGGGGGAGGUACGACAGCCCCCUGUGGGUAUAGCUGUGGCGGUCGCCCGGCAGAGAGAGCCCCCCCAACACCCCUCAGACACCCACCCAGGACACAGCCGACAGGGCAGGGUUCUGCCCAGUGUCAAAGGUGUGUCUCGGUCUGUGUACCCGCUGGUCCGGGAGGCAGAAGAGAGGAAGAGGAUGACCGAGGAGCAGCUGAGCCUUCAUCACCUCGACCGAGACAGAGAACUCCUCAUCAGGGAAAACCAGGAGAGAGGGGAGUUUGCCAGGAUCCACCCAUCCAGCAGUUGCCAUGGUGACCUGACAUCUCACCUUCUGGUGCCUGGCGGGGCCAGCCAAUUAGGUGGAGACCCUUCUGCUCACGCCCACCACCAUUGGAUGCAGCGGACUGGAAGUCCCUCCCUCUGGAUGGGCCAUUCAUAUGGUCUGAGCCAUGCUGCGCUGCACCAGAGUAUGGGCCCAGGGUUCGGCCCUGGCCUGCCUCUAUCCCAGGACCCCUCUGGCUCCCUGGUGGUCCUGCCCUCUGAGCCUGCACACCACCACCUGGAUGUGAUGGAGCAGUCAGCUCUGUGGCCCUCGGUCUAUGGAGCCCGAGGCCCGUCCCCCCACAUGCAGCAUCACGCUGUUUACUCCCGUUCUCCGUUCCUACGACAACAGGAGCUCUAUGCCCUGCAGCACCACCACCACCAACAACAACAACACAGGGCCAUGGAGCACAUGCACCGACAACACACACUCUCACAGAGGAAGGCAGAGGAAACCACUAUCACCAUUGAUGACCGUCCUCUCCACGAGACCUCGAGAACCUCCCGUGCUGCUAAGCUCUUCUCCCACACCCCUCCCUCCAAGACUACCCCUCCUUCACAGGGGGUGUGUCCUAGCAGCCACCAAUCACCCUGCUGCCACUCCCCUUCCAGGAGACCACACCCACAGAACCUUCUAAACCCCGCCCCCAGCCCUGCGGCUGCAGCUCCGAGAUCCCCAGCUCUAAGCCCCGCCCCCUCACACCUGUCAAAAGUAGUGGAGAGAGGGGAAAGAGGAGAGGGGCAGCUGCCUCAGGAUUACCCACAAUCCUUAGAGCCAGAUCUUCCACCAGGUUACACCUAUCAAGAAAUCACCAUGCGUUACAAGGCUGGUCCUUCCCUAGAGGACGCUCGAUUUGCUGAACAUGCUGAUCUGGAGGUGGAGCCAGCUGAACCCUGCCCUAAGCUCCGCCCACACACCACAGGGAUUGUGGAGAAUGAGGAUGCGGAAAAAGAGAAGGAGAAUGGCUGCACAGUUGUAGAAUCUAGUGGAGUUGUAGAAAGGGAACGAGAAGGAGCAGAGGUGGAUGGGCAAUCAGUAUCUGAGCCCCCACUAUUUGGAGUGAAGACCCCUGAAAUGGUGUCUUGUCCUGCCCAAGUUUCAAACUCAUCCUCAGCCCCAUCCCCAGCCACAAUUCCAGCUCCAGCCCCAGUCUCUGCUUCUGAGGAUGCCCAGAAAGUAGAGAUCUUUGUGGGCAGCCUGGCUCAGCCAGCUAGCUUGAAAGACUCACAACCAGCAGAGGAGAAGAAAGAGGAGAAGGAGGAAAGUUCAGUAGAGUUGAAAAAUAACCACAUACCAGAUUGUACUGUUUCCCUGGAGCUAACUAUACAUGGGGAGGAGGAGAGAGAGAGAGGUGAGGAGGAGAAGGAGGUAGAGGAGAAGGAGGAGAGAGAGAGGUGUAAGGAGGAGAAGAGUAAGGAGGAGGAGAACAUAGAGGAGAAGGAGGAGAGAGAGAAGGGUAAGGAGGAGGAGGUAGAGGAGAAAGAAGGGGGUAGGAGGAGUCAGAGUGAAGCCUCUGUGGAGUUACUAAGCAGCCCCCAGAAUUCCCCAACCCCAGCCCCAGCCCCAGCCCCAGCCCCAGCCCCAGCCCCAGCCCCAGCCCCAGCCCCAGCCCCAGCCCCAACCCCAGCCCCAGCCCCAGCCCCAGCCCCAACUCCAGCACCGUCCUCUACCCUCAGUGAUGAUCCCUGCAUCUGGAGUCUGGAGCUUCUCAUCGCUGCGGCGCUGUGUGCCACCCGGGAUGACCACUACCCCGCUAUGCUCCCCUCCACCACACCACUGCCUGCCCCACGCCCACUCCCACACCGAGGCAUGGAGAUACUGGGAGAGUUGGCUGAUCUGGGGAUACUGCAGAGGAACAGGGAGAAGGAGAGAGAGACAGGAGGAGAGGACGUUUUGACCUUUGACCUUAGUAGCCUGGCGACCCUGGCUGCGGCUCGCAGUCUGGAGCUUGGGGGAGGAGCUCCAGGGAGGGGGGAGGGGAAGCACUGUCCCGUCAGGAGGACCUUCAACCUGCGGCGGAAAUGCAGCUGGACGCCUCGCCACGAGCCGAUGUGUCCGGUGAAGGGUGUCAUGGAGACGGUGGAUGGAGCGGAGCUAGCGAUACGAGUCCAGCUAGCGGAGAUCCAGAGACGUUACAAAGAGAAACAGAGAGAACUGACAAAGCUGCAGAGAAAACAUGACCGCCAGAAAGCAGAGACCUCUCACAGCCCUGCUCGCAGAGGGCCCGGUCGCCCCAGGAAACGCAAGUCUAUCUCCAGUCCCAGCGCCUCAGACGGCCCCAAGAGACUUAGGGCGGAGAAUUAUGAAUCAGAAGGGGGCGGAGAGAAGCGGAGGAAGACGAUGACUAAUCAUGGCUUCCUCACGAGGAGGAGAGGUCGUCCCAGCCUGAGCUCCCGACUAGCACGGAGGGUGACCCAGCUGAAGCAGAAGGUUGUGGCCCAGAGAGGUACACCGUCAGGGAGCAUGCACUGCCGCAGACGGGACCCUAGAUCUGGAGCCCAUGCAAACUGCAGAGGGAGUGACACAGCAGCCGAUACAUCCAGUAACCAGCAAGACUGGGUGCCCAAUCAGGGGGUGAGGAGAAGGAGAGGUCGACCAAGGGUCAAACUGGGCGGACCUUCGACCAGAGUCCUCCGCAGAGGAGGUGUGGCCUCUGUGAAGCAGGAAAUGAACGAGGGGAAGAGCAACAGCGAGUGCUCAGGCCAGGAGGAGGAAGAGGAGAGGCGCUAUGACAGCGACGAAGGACUCAAUGACGUAAAUACAACGAUACCAUCCUCCAAAGACACGACAACAAACUCUGCUGCGACUGGCCCAGCCGCUAAGCUUCAAGCCAUUCAGAAAGCCAGGAGCAAGGAGGAGAGGCAAGGUGAUGAUGUGAGCAUGCCCAGUGUGGCACUGAUGAGGAGAGGAGCCCCCUGCAGGCCGGGCCCUGCUACUGCAGAUGGGAGAUGCCCAGAGCUCCAGGAGCCACAAGGGGCUAGGAGAGAACCUGUACCUAGCUGGAGGGUCUCGUUAGUGGGCAACAGCCUCCAGGACAGCAGGGGGGUCCAGGGACCAGUGGCGGAGGCCAAGAGGAAGAUCUCGGGACAACAAAGCUUUCUGGGAAAGAGGAGAGGCUGCUGGCUGGAGACUGAAACCCAGAGAGAGGACACCACCAGGGGCAGGAGGAGCAGGAAGAAGCAGGUGGGGAUGGAGGUCAGAAUGGGCAUGGUGGAGGGGGGAUAGGGGCAACCAGAAAGA